GAGUGCGAGUGAGAUGGCGAGUUAAGUCUACCGCGAUGUAAGAAAAUGUUACAAAUGGUCACUAAAUUCGAAGCGCCAAGAAUUGACGUUAUUUUUGAUCAAUACCUAACUCCAUCGAUCAAAGAUUACGAACAUUCUCAACGUUUAGAAUCAGCACAAUUGAGCUAUACCAUAACUGGACCUGAUCAAACACGUCCGAGUGAUUUUACAAAAGAAUUGAAAAAUUCAAAUUUUAAACAAGCUCUGGUAGAUUUUUUCAUUUUGCAUUGGGCCAGUGAUGAAAUAAUACCUUUCAUCGGAAACAAAACUAUUUACAUCAAUUCUAAACAGUGCCAUUCUUUUGUUGUUAAUGCUUCUAACAAUAUAGUAACAAGGGUUGUAGAAGAGUUAUCAUGUCCAGAACAUGAAGAGGCUGAUACCAAAAUAGUCUACCAUGCGUGCAGUAUUUCAAAUCGGGUGAAUAUUGUGAUCAGAAGUGUCGACACUGACAUUGCAGCUAUUAUGCUUGGUCAUAUGCACCAUAUACAAAAUGAUUCACUUAUUUGGAUGCUGAUAGGCACUGGAAACAACUUGAGAUACGUAGACCUCACGAAGAUAUAUGUCAAAUUAGGAAAAUCUUUUUGUAAGAGCUUGCCAGGAUUCCAUGCUAUAACAGGGUGUGAUUAUAAUCCCGCAUUUUUCCGAAAAGGAAAGUUAAAGCCUUUUAAAAUAUUAAAAAGAACGGAAGAAUAUCAAAAAGCUUUCAUUAAAUUAGGUAAAAACGAAUUAUUUGAAAAUGAUAAUGAACGACAACGAAUUUUUGAUGUUGUUCAACAGUUUAUAUGUGAGAUAUAUAAUGUCGGUUCGAUAACUGAUGUUGAUGCAGCACGACUUCAACUAUUCAUUAAUACGUAUCAGGUCUCAGAUAUUAAUGAAGCAUUUAGUCGUAAAAAACUACGAAGUUUUGAUGCAAGUAGUCUGCUACCGUGUAAAUCCGAACUGCUACAACAAUUUCUGCGAGCCAACUAUGUGUCUAGCAUUUGGAAUAAUGCAAAUCAACAAAUUCCAACAAUUUAUCAACCCGAGAAUAAUGGAUGGGUACUCGAAAAUAAUCAGUACCAUUUUAAAUGGUUUGAAGGUGAUCAGUUACCAAACUUCGUUAGAGAUUCACUGAAAACUGUCUCAGAAACUGACGCAGAAGAAGAAGACCAAGAUAUCGAAUGGAGUAACAGUGACGAAGAAAAUGAUAACAUUGAUGAUGAUAAUGAAUAAAUUAAUAUUGUCUUUUAUACUCUAUAAUAAUAUGUAAUGUCAUCAAUUUAUU